AAGCACUCUGGACAAUAUUCUAACAUUAUGAAUUAUCUGUUAAAUUAUCCUAACAUACUAGAUUUGCUGUAUUACUGUCCACAUUUUAUAAACGUGGUACUUGAGGCACAGAAUUGUUAAGUAACUUGCCCAAAGUCACACAGCUCCUAAGAGGCUUAGCUAGGAUGUAAAUCUAGGCACUGUUCUCCUGAGUCUCUCUCUGGUCCUCGGCACUUGGCGCUCACGUUUGAGCCCCGAAAGCUAUUCGCGGGGUGGCGUCUGGAUGACGUAUGGCGCCGCUGGUGAGUUCAAUCGCAGGGUGAGCCCAGGGUGGAGUUGGCACAUCCAGCCUCCCGGGUUUCAGGAACUCUGUCAUUAGUCUUUGCGAGCCGGUUGAGGAGGAGCGCACAGACCCAGGCAGGUGGCCAGCUGCGGGAGCGGGAUGUACUUCUGCUGGAGAGCCCGCCCUGGGGGGCAGCUGCGUCGGGAACUGACCACCGCGAGCCGCACCGAGCUUCGGCAGGCGGCCAGCGGGGAGCGCCACUCGCUGCUGCUGCUGAGCGACGGCACUGUCCACUCGUGCGGGGACAACAGCCAGGGCCAGCUGGGCCGGAGGGGCGUGCCGCGCGUGGAGCGGCCAGAAUCAAUUAAGGCACUGGACACUCUACACGUUGAUCUGGUGAGCUGUGGAAAGGAGCACUCCCUGGCUGUCUGUCACAAAGGCAGGGUCUUUGCAUGGGGAGCUGGUUCUGAAGGACAGCUGGGGAUUGAAGAAUUUAAGGAAAUAGUUUUUACGCCUAAGAAGAUAAAAGCUCUGGCUGAUAUAAAAAUAAUACAAGUUUCCUGUGGACACUACCAUUCCCUGGCAUUAUCAGGAGAUGGCCAAGUGUUUUCUUGGGGAAAGAACAGCCAUGGGCAGCUGGGCCUGGGGAAGGAGUUCUCCUCCCAAGCCAGCCCGCAGAGGGUGAGGUCCCUGAAGGGGAUCCCCCUGGCUCAGGUGGCUGCAGGAGGGGCCCACAGCUUUGCCCUGUCUCUCUCUGGGACUUCAUUUGGCUGGGGAAGCAACAAUGCAGGGCAGCUGGCCCUCAGUGGGAAUGAUGUCCCAGAGACAUCAUCUUUCUCAAAAAAACCUGAGUAUCUUGGUCUUCAUUGUAUUCAUUCUCUCUCCUGUAGUUAUCACACCCUUGCAUAUGUCUACACCACUGGUCAGGUGGUGUCUUUUGGUUGUGGACCAAACUGCACAAGCACGCCAACUCAUCCAGAGGCCCAGACCGAGAACUUUGACAUUCGCUGCCUGAUUUCUUCUGAUGACCUUGUGGAUGUUCAAGUCAAACACAUUUUUGCUGGAACAUAUGCCAACUUUGUGACAACUUGUCAGCACACUAGAGCCACAGAUGUUUCCAAGAAAACUUUGCCAGAAAUAAGCCGAAUUAACCAGUCCCUGACCAAACAAUGGAUGACAGUGACAGAAGGAAGCGCUGAACAUGAAGUGGCUAAGAGGUGGCUCUGUCUGCUAAUCAUAAACCACUCUUUACUUGGUUCUGAAGCCAUGAAUAUAGACUCCUCACAUAUCACCAACACAACCCAGGGAGUCUCGACAUCUAGACAAAGAGACUAUGGAGAAACGAAUUCCAUUGAUGUGGACUUACAAAUGGCAAGUGAUACCUUCAAGAAGUUAACAAAAAAGGAAUGGAUUUCUUUCAUGGUAACUACAUGUCUCAGGGAUAAUCUGCUCAAAGCUCUUCCNAGUCUAUCUGAAGUGAGGAAUACUGACAGGUAUGGGGAUGCCGAGGAAGAUCGUCAGCGAGGUGCUACAGUUUUCAAUGAUAAGGAGCAGUGUUGGGCAUCUUUGCAAGAAUCUUCUCUCAACACACUGAUCCAGAUGCUUAAAACUGCCAUCGUUGCUCAACUGCAUUUUUCGGCUGCAACUGCUCAGAGUGUCAACAAUGUCAGAGCUCCUCUAAGAAUGAUGAGAGAACUGCACAAGGUAAACAAAGCUAACUGUCAACUACCAGAAAAUGCUUUCAACAUAAAUGAACUCUCUGAUUUGUUGAACUUCCGUGGAGAAAGAAUAAGAAAGAUCAUUAGGGAUAGCAACCCGAUGCCUGAGGAAAACCACAGAUUCAUUGUUUUCAGUGACUUUCCAUUUAUCUUUAAUUUGCAAUCCAAAAUUAAAUUAUGGGAAGCUGAUUGUCUUAAGAAAAUGAAGGACUCAAGUAUGAUUCUGCCACGAGAGAAUGAAUUCUUCCCAUCACCCGUGUUUACACUUAGAGUCAGACGAAGUUGCCUCACUGAAGAUGCUCUGCGUCAGUUGAGCCAAGCUGAAGUCACUGACCUCCGGAAAGAAUUAUUGAUUGAAUUUACUGGAGAAAUUUGUUCCGUGGGUAGAGGGGUAAAGGCUGAGUUCUUCCACUGUAUAUUUGAAGAGAUGACCAAGACAGAAUAUGGAAUGUUCAUAUAUCCUGAAGACGGUUCCUACAUGUGGUUUCCUGUCAGUCCUAAAGUUGAGAAGAAGAGGUAUUUUCUUUUUGGGCUGUUGUGUGGACUCUCCCUUUACAAUUUAAAUGUUGCCGACCUUCCUUUCCCACUGGCUCUGUUUAAGAAACUUCUGGACCAAAAGCCAUCAUUGGAAGAUUUAAAAGAACUCAGUCCUCUUUUGGGGAAGAGUUUGCAAGAAGUUCUAAAUUAUGAAGCUGAUGACAUUGGAGAAUGUUUUGACAUGUAUUUUUCACAACACUGGGACCAAAAGGAUGUUGAUUUAAUUCCAAAUGGGAUCUCUGUACUUGUGGACCAAACCAACAAGAAAGACUUUGUUUCUAAGUAUGUUGAUUACAUUUUCAACACUUCCGCAAAGGCAAUUUACAAGGAAUUUCAGAAAGGAUUUUAUAAGGUUUGUGACAAGGAGCUACUUAGAGUUUUCCAGCCUGAAGAACUAAUGACAGCAAUAGUUGGAAAUACUGAUUAUGACUGGAAACAAUUUGAAAAGAAUUCAACAUAUUGUGAAGGAUACCAUAAAUCACAUCCUACUAUACUGAUGUUUUGGAAAGCUUUCCACAAAUUAACUUUGGAUGAAAAGAGAAAAUUCCUCUUGUUUCUUACAGGAAAUUAUAGGCAGCCUGUAAGAGGAUUACAAAAAAUGGGAAUCAUAUUUCGCUGUCCUGAAACUUUCAGUGAAAAAGACUGCCCAAGAUCGCUCGUAUGUCAUAAUAUUCUGGACCUCCCUAAAUAUUCUACAAUGGAAAGAGUGGAGGAAGCACUUCAAGUAGCCAUCAACAGCAACAGAGGAUUUAUCUCAGAGACCACAUAGUAAUAGUGACCUAGAGAGUUGCAGUGAGAUCUCAGAUUCUCAGGUCCUCUCUCAUCCUUCAAUUGUGAUGUUCAUCUUCAGGUCUACUUUGUACAAAGGGUUGCUGGAUUUUAAUUAGAAUUAGUUGAUAAAUGUUGAGAUAAACAAUAAAGUGAUGAAUCAAGGUAAUAUUUUUAAUGAAUCACAUUUCCCGAUCCCUAAACUUGCUAUUAGAAUGUUUGCUUUUUUAUUGAAUUACUUCCUGAAUAAUAAUUAUCAUUUAAAAAUAGGCUGAAUAUUAAAAGCUAAUGGAUAUUUUUAAAAAUAUUCUUCUUCUAAUAAACACUGCCUGCAAAUAUGAAAGUCUGAAAAAAAUAAACAAAAAUAUAAAUUAAUUCAA